ACAGACGUUAAUUCUAUUGCAAUCUAAUACAGAAUCAUCUUUAAUCGUAGUCAAUUUGUCUUCCGCUGCUGGGGGAUCCCUGAUUGCUGUCGAGGCUUCAGCACCAGACAGAAAAAGAAGAGGCUCCAUCUGGAGGCUGAAAGGUGCAAAUGAAGCAUUACAACAGAUGAGGCUAUUGAACAAAGGUCUGUGUCGGGAUAAGGUAUCCUCUUUUGUGAAGCGUUUAAAGGGUGAUCCUCGAUACCAGUUGGCUCAGAACGUAUCGACCUGCAUCGACCCCUUAGAAGUAUGCCUGCACCGGCAGACAGUCCAAGAUACAGUGCACAUCUUCCAGCACACAAUUCCUAAUGAGGGCAAGCCUGUAACCAACCAAAAGAACUCAGGGAGAUGUUGGAUCUUCUCAUGCCUCAAUGUACUGAGACUUCCAUUCAUGAAGAAGUUUAACAUAGAAGAGUUUGAGUUCAGUCAGUCCUAUCUCUUUUUUUGGGACAAGGUGGAACGCUGCUAUUACUUUUUGCAUAGCUUUGUGGAGACAGCCCAGAGGAAGGAGCCGGUGGACAGCCGAUUGGUCCAGUUUUUGCUCUCGAAUCCAACUAACGAUGGUGGACAAUGGGAUAUGCUGGUUAAUCUCAUUGAGAAAUAUGGUGUCAUUCCAAAGAAGUGCUUUCCUGAGUCUCACAGCUCUGAAGCUUCCCGUAGAAUGAAUGAGAUCCUUAAUCACAAGAUGAGAGAGUACUGUCUGAGACUGAGAAACAUGGUCGCCAGUAACGCCACUAAAACUCAGCUAAAUGAUGCCAUGGACACCAUGAUCGAGGAGGUGUUUCGAGUGGUUAGUGUGUGUUUGGGUAGUCCUCCAGAGACUAUCAGUUGGGAGUACAGGGACAAGGACAAGAACUUCCACCGCAUAGGUCCUAUUACUCCUAAGGAAUUUUACACUAAGCACGUCAAACCUCUGUACAACCUCCAGGACAAGGUGUGCCUUGUGAAUGAUCCCAGACCCCAGAAUCCCUUUGGAAAGCUGUACAAUGUGGAAUUCUUGGGUAACAUGGUGGGCGGCCGCAGAACCCUCUACAACAAUCAGCCUGUCGAACUUUUAAAAAAAGCCGCCGCCGACUCCAUCAAAGAAGGAGAGGCUGUGUGGUUUGGCUGUGAUGUUGGGAAACAUUUCCAUGGCAAACUGGGCAUUAACGACAUGAACGUGUUUAACCAUGAGCUGGUGUUCGGUGUCUCUGUAAAGAAUAUGAGUAAAGCUGAGCGGCUGAUCUUCGGUGAUUCCCUGAUGACACAUGCCAUGAUUCUUACUGCUGUAACUGACAAGGAAGUAAAGGAGGGAUGCUAUGAGAAGUGGAGAGUGGAGAACUCAUGGGGUGAUGAUCGUGGGAAUAAAGGUUAUCUGAUCAUGACGGAUGAAUGGUUCUCAGAGUACGUCUAUGAAGUGGUGGUGGAUAAAAAGUUCCUUUCCCCUGAGGUGCUGGAAGUCAUGCAGCAGGAACCUGUUGUUCUCCCUGCCUGGGACCCAAUGGGAUCGCUGGCAUAACCACAGACACCCAGCGGGCUCUGCCCAAUCUGACCUCAUUUAGGUCUUUUUGACGCCACCCUUCAUACCAAUUUUACUCUCCGCAGACUUCCAAAACAGCCUGUUCUAGACAAAAAAUAAAAACUUCCUCUUUUUUUACUGGA